GGUGGGUGUGCAGUUCUCUGGUGCCUCAAUACAUGCGCUCGGGGGAGCGUAUCCGACCUUGUCUGAGUGUCUGUGAAGACGUGGAGCAGCAGUGCCCGUAUCUGUUGCCCGAUCAGACUUUAUCGCCGGGAGAAGCGGCCCAUCCGACGCCGCAAUACGCCGGGGAGCCAGCCUUUCUCUGCCUUGACCCGAACAUCCCGGAAACGGGCGAGCAGAAGCUGAGGUCAUCUCGUGGUAGCGCCGAUUGCUGCUAUAAGUAUUGCGGAUCACCAGGCAGGGGAACGGCAGCGCAAGAAUACAUCGAAGAAGGGAGCAGGCGAUACCUAGACAUUCUCAACGUGUGCGAACACUGCCCAGGGCGGCCCCCCAACUCGACGACAGCGCCCUCUAGUGGAGGUGCGUCAUCACGGACUUUUAACAAAGUGUUUAUCCUAUGGACCGCGUUGAUAACUUUGAUACAGACAGACAGACUGAUUUCCUUGUUGGUUAUGUGCGAAUACAGUGUUCGGACGAUGUACUGGUUUUUAAACGAACGAAGACAUUCGUGCUUAUAGAAUUUGUAGGAGAUUUAGGUGAUAUGUGUUCCGAUACCUGUUGGCCCAAAAAGGUCUGUCUGUGGUGACGCAUGUUGCUCAAUUUUUUCAGAACGAUACUGAAUAGUCUGGUGAUCGGAA